AUGUUCAAUGUAGAUGGAUGGAAUUUAAAGAAUGAUAAAAACAUAGCAUUAGGAGGUGUAUCGGAAAAGAAGAAAAAUAAGAAACUGAAAAAUAAAUCAAAAAGUGAAAUCUCUGAAACUCAAAUAAAUGAUGCUGUGAAUAAUGAUAAUGGAUCCAAACCACCGAAGAAGGAUCAGACGAAAGUAAAAGGAAAUCAAAAUGAUUCCAAACAACCAAAGAAUGAGAAGAAGAGAAAGAACACAGAUGAAGUUGAAAACAAAGAAUCAAUUACAAAUAAAAGGUCAAAAUCAUUAGCAAAAGUAGCAUCAAAUACAACAAUUCCAAAAGCAUCAAUAGAUUUAUCAACAAAAUCACAACCACCAAUUCCAAUAACUUCACAAACUAAAUUAACUCCAUUACAACAAAAAAUGAUGUCAAAAUUAUCAGGUUCAAGAUUUCGUUGGAUAAAUGAACAAUUAUAUACAAUAACAUCAGAAGAAGCUUUAAAAUUAAUAAAAGAACAACCUCUGCUUUUUGAUGAAUAUCAUCAAGGUUUCAAAUCACAAGUUUCAAAUUGGCCUGAAAAUCCAGUACAAGUAUUUGUUGAUCAAUUUAAAAAUAGGUUGUUAACAAGAAAUAUAAAUGCACCAGGUGGAUUACCUGGAAAUAAAGAUAAAACUAUAGUAGUUGCAGAUAUGGGAUGUGGAGAAGCUCAAUUUAGUCAAGAUAUAAAUAAAUUUAUAAAACAACAAAAGAAAAACAAUAAAAAAUUUAAAAAUUUGAAAAUUGAAAUAAAUAGUUUUGAUUUAAAAAAGCAAAAUGAAUUUAUAACAGUUGCUGAUAUUAAAAAUGUACCAAUGGAAAAUGAAUCAUGUUCAAUAGUAAUAUUUUGUUUAGCUCUUAUGGGAACAAAUUUUAUAGAUUUUAUAAAAGAAGCUUAUAGAAUAUUACAACCAAGAGGUGAAUUAUGGAUAGCAGAAAUAAAAUCAAGAUUUAGUGAAAAACCAGAAGAACAACAACAACAAGAUCCUCAAGAUUCAAAAGUUGGUUCAGAAUUUGUUGAUGCUUUGAAACUAUGUGGAUUUUUUCAUAAACUGACUGAUAAUUCAAACAAGAUGUUUACAAGAUUUGAAUUUUUUAAACCACCACAAGAUAUAAUUGAUGAAAGAAAUGCAAAAUUACAAAGAAAAAAAAAAUUCAUUGAAAAUGAAACUGAGAAAGAAAAAUUUGAAAAUAAAAGAGAAUUAAAACCUGAAGGUGAAUGGUUAUUAAAACCUUGUAUUUAUAAAAGACGAUAA